AUGCAGCACAAGGCAUUUUGGAGUGCCCUGGAGUACACCUGCCGGUUGCUGGGCAUCUCUACUGCAGCAGUGCUGAUCGGUGUGGGCGUAGAAACUCUGCAGCAAGGACAGUUCAAAAGCCUGGCUUUCUAUCUUCUUUUUUCAGGGGUUGCAGUUACCAUCUGUGAAGGCUUCUUCUUUAUCUGUUUGUUCCUGGAGAUGUGCUUCACAUAUGAGCCUGAGUCCCUGGCACAGGCCUGCUGGAAACGAGCUAGACGCCCGGGGAGCUUCCAGAAGUUCCUGGGGUACACGCUGCUCUCAGUGGCUUGCUUCCUGCAUCCUGUCCUCAUCUGGCACGUCACCAUCCCUGGGUCCAUGCUGGUGCUCACUGCCCUGGCCUACUUCGUGCUGAGCAAGAGGAGGAAGAGCCCAGGGCACAACGAGACACAUCCCCAGGCGGGCCAGUAUGUUGACCCUUCAGCCACCAGGACGGCCCCCACCAUUGCUGGUGACACUGAGCAGACCUACACCUUCCACGGGGCCCAGAAGGAGCAGCACCGCUCGCUGCUAGGCCACAUGAAGAGCAUCCUGAAGGGCAGCAAGGACAGGAGCCUGGCUCCAGUAGCUCCUGCCCAAGCAGCAGCCCCAGCAGCCCCACGCAAGCAGGUGCACUUCCAGGAGAAGGUGGUGCAGAUCAUCCCCUCUGUCAGCGAGAGCUUGGAGGAUGUGGAGAGCGAGGCUGAAGACACCACAUCGGACACAACACCCAUCCUCACCCCACCGGAUGCCCCGGUCAUCCUUGCUCCCCUCAGCUCCACAGGCCUCUUCUGA